UACGCAUUUUGCCUUGAAUAGAAGUCUUUUUGCUUUCUUCCAUAACCCUUUUCUUCCGCCGGCGCUGCAUUCUUCAGAGCUUCGUUCAGAGUGAAAUUGGUAAGUGAGAGAAAGUUGCAGUGCACGCCUUAAGAAGAAGGAGACCUCGUGAAGGAGGUGGCUGUUAGAAAUUGCAUUCUAAGGCAUGACUACUGCGGGGAAAUCAGCGAUGGUGGUUGAAGGCUCACCACAGUCAAAUGCGCGUGCUGGUGGGGUGUUUGCCUUGAAAAGGAAAGCAGAAUUUAUUAAAAGUGCAUCUCCCAUGCGUAGAAGUGGUAGGCUGAUGCUGGUACAGCUUAAGAAGAGACCAAAGCGGGAUGCUGAACAUGUGGAUUUAGGUGAAGAAAAGGAUGAUGGGUCCAAAGAUGCUGAUGAUGUAGAGAAAGAGGAUAAGGAUGACGAUGAGGUUAUGGAUUGUGCAGGAAAUGAUGCUGAAGAUCCUGAGCAUGAGGGUGAUAGUUU